AUGCCUGAGUUGAGUUGUGAGGCAUGCCAAGCCACGUGGACUGCUGGAGUGGGUGAUCUAAAUCUGAGUGACUACUGGCCUGCAACCCUUCACUUUGCCACUAUUUAUGCCACAGAUGUCUUCUUCUCAUUUGAAGAAAUGAAGAUGGCUGCACCAGGACUGUCCUGCCAAGCAUUUUUGAGAAUGCUCGAUCAGCGAACUGUCCGCUUUGGUCGUUGUGGCAAGAUCUCCAAAGACAGUUUUCAAAAAAGUUUUUUUGAGUGGGAGGCUGUGCGAUACGAGGUGGACAAAAUCUGUAAGGAAGAGCCCUUCAUCUGUCCUGCGUGCAGCCCAGACAUGCUGGCAGUUUCAGUCGAUGGAAACCGCAAGCAUUACCGUUUCAAGAAUGCAGCUAGAUCUGAAGAAAAGGCCAUCUUUGAAGACGUCUUUAUAGCUAAGGAUGAAGAUGUGACAAGAUUUGUGGACUACAUUCACAAGACAUCCAAACAUGUAAAAAAAAAAAAAAAAAAAAAAAGUGUUUGUGGAGGGGAGUGGUCAGCAGCCAGAGAGACCUCCCAGGGAUCUGCCAGCAAGGUAGACGAGGAGGGAUUGGAGGUUGCGGUUUUUCGGCACGGAGUGCUUCUCUGUGCUUUAAAUAUGGCGCACAGACAUGCUGACUCUCAUGGCCAUGCGCUGGAAUCAGCAAAAGAUCUACACUUUGGCCAUCACACUGACCCGCCGAUAUCAGAAGACCACAAAAGCUCUGUAAAACCAUUGCUAAACCUAGAGUCUUUAAAAGUUGAACUGGCAGUGACAGAGAGCCAGUUGGAAGACUGGCUCAACGAAGUAAAGGAGUGGGCAGAUACAGCAGCAACAACAACCACAAAUGAUGCUGAUGCCUUGGCCAGCAGAAUUGAGGUACUUGUGGCGAGUAUCAAGAGACGUUCUCAGCGUCUCUAUAAAGAUACAGAUGGCAACAAAGGUCGUGCCAGGAUCCGCCGCAAAAUCAGGGAGGAGAAGGGGACCCUGACAUCAAUUGUUGAGAAAUACAACAGAAUGGUUCCAAACACAGAAACUCUGUGCUUGGAAACCAUUUUGUCUGGUGAGACAGCUUGGCCAUGGCAGCUACCACACAGUGACUCUGUUAAUUUUAGGACAAAGAGAAAGGCAUUCGACAUCAUGAUGUCAUUAAGGAGACUUCAGGAGGAGCAGAAGAUUCUUGUUGCAGAGAUGAACAACCAUUGGAGAUAUCUUUCAACUCGUGCUGAUGCCCUCAGAGAACUGUCCUGCUGCUUUGCCAAGGAGACAAUAAAAAAUUCGCAAUGUGGCCUAACUGAAGAGGGUUUGAAAGGUCUGCAGUGCAUCAUCCACAGAAAGCAGCGUAAAAUCAGAGAUAUGAGGGUGCAAGCAAGAGACUGUUACCUGCAAGUUUUGACUGGAGCAGAGAACACCAACUUCUUUAACCAACUGUCAGCUGAUGACUACAACAGUGACUUCGACAUUUCUGAUGACGAACUGUAAUCCAGAAGACAAUGUUUUUUUUUUUGUUUUUUUUUGAUGGUGACCUUGACCUUAACCCUGAAUCUAAAGCAUGUAAUAAAAUCUGCUGUUGAUCACCUUAUAAAUAUACCCAAAGUGUACUGUCUGUUUUUUUCCACGUUACAUAGAAAUUAUUUUAUGCAUGCCUCCACAACCAGUCAGUGGUGAAAAUGAAGUGCAUUAUUGUAAGGCUAAGUACAGUACUGUACUAAAUUAUAGAUUUGAGGUACUUUCUCAUCAUGCCACUGUGUAGUUGGGCUAGGCUAUAGUUCACAGAAACUUUAUUUUGUUAUAAAUAAAACUACUCUUUUUGUGCUUACAAUGUAAGUACAGCCCAACUUAGAAACCAAACAUUCAGUUGAGUAAUGGAGAAAAUAAUUAGCAGACCAACCUUUAUUAAAAAUAUAAUUUGAUAAUGUUGUCUACAACGGGUUUUUAAUCUUUUAGGUGUUGCGGAGCUCCAAAUAUGAUCAUCAUUGUUUG